CCAAAACAAAAGGGAAUUUGCAGAAAACGAGAGCAUAGCAUAUCCACAAAAUACACACUGACUGAUACCCCAACCCAAAGUCCAAGUACAAUCACACUCCCUCCUACAAUUUUCGUAUUCUUUUUCUUUUAAAUUUGUGUCCAUGGAAAAUUGAUAACAAAAAUGCAACAGAAGUAAGGUAGAGAGAUAGUAACAAACUAAAACCUGUCUAGGUUGAGUAGGUUGAUGUUUUGAGACUUUAUAAGAUACAAAUUUCAAAGAGCGGCACUACUGGUUAAGUUAACAGAGACACGGCAAUAACAACCAGUUCCUUAAGCAAGUGCUACGUGGAAGUGUCACUCUCUCUACCUGGUUGCGUCUUAAAAGUUGAGUUUAACGUUACCUAUCUUGUAUCUACGAUUAGUAGCUAAGUUAUGGUCAAGAAUCAAAGGGAAGAAAAAUCUUCGGAGAAAAUGCAGCAACUACCAAGAAGACUUGCCUAUAACAUCUUGAAUAGAAACAUUUUUCAAGUUUCACCGUACGUGGCUGGAGUUCAGUACAAUCUUACUGCAGCUCCUAUUAAAAGCAAUCGCAACUAUGCCAAUAAAGCCACUAAAAGUAAACAAAAUCUCCUUCGUUACCCAGCUUUGUCGCUGGAAGAGACCCUGCCGAAGUUUCUUAAAACUGCCGAACCAUUUCUCACUCCCGAGGAGCUAAAUGAUGCUCAAAAAUCAGCUGAAGUAUUUCUAAGAUGCGGUGCCCCAAAACUGCAGGCACUAUUGGAAAAAGCUGCUGCAAAUGAAGAAAACUGGUUAGCUGACAGAUGGCUACGCACUGCAUAUCUCCAAUAUAGAGAUCCAUUGAUUAUUUUCUCGAGUCCUGGUAUGUCAUUUCCAAAAGUAUGCUUCAAUACUGAUGAUGAAAUGCUUGCAUAUACUUCAAAAGUCAUCUAUUGCCUUAUAAAAUAUAAGGAAAUCAUUGACAUGGGAAAGAUUCCAAUUCAAAAAAUGGGAUCCAACGAAUUGGAUAAUUCCCAAUUCGGAAGAGUUCUAGGAACCUGUCGUAUUCCUAAACCUAAAGAAGAUAAAGUCGAGUACAAUCCAAAUUCGACGCAUGUAGCUGUUGUGUAUAAAAAUCAUUUCUAUAAACUUCCUGUUUAUUCAAAUAACCUUAAACCACUCCAUCAAGAAGUUAUUUUUGGGGAAUUGAAGAAGAUAUUUGAUGCUGAAAAGAAUGAAGGUAUUCCCUUUGGAAUUUUAACCUCUGACAAGAGGGACAAUUGGGCAACAGCAUAUGCUGAACUUCUAUCAAUUCCUGAUAACAAAGCUUCGAUAGAAGAAAUUCAAAAAUCUUUGUUCACUGUCUCCUUGGAUGGCGAAGUGUGUGAAGCUCCUUGUGGCAAUGCCAAAACUAUUCUGGCAGAGUAUUUAAUUCAUGGAUGUGGAUCAAAGUAUCAUGCAGGCAAUAGAUGGUUUGAUAAGACUAUUCAGCUGUUGGUUAGCAGAAGUGGUUACCAAGGAUUUUGUUAUGAACAUAGCCCGGCAGAGGGUCAACCAAUUGCACUGAUGGUUGACUACAUUGUGAAGAAUUUAGACGAUAAGAAAAUGUUUGAAGGUGCUGAGACCAAGAAUUUUGAACCAUCAAAGAAAUUGGAAUUAAAAUCGUCUCCCGCUGUUGAUCAACACAUGAAAGCUGCCCAAACUAAUCUGGACAAAUUGGCCGAAGAUCUGCAUUUAAAUGUGUUGCAUUUCAAAGAAUAUGGAAAAGGCUUUCUGAAACAGCAAAAACUCAGUCCUGAUAGCUUCAUUCAAAUGGCUCUUCAAUAUGCUUUCUAUAAAAUGCAUAAAGUACCCGGUGCUGCAUAUGAAUCAGCCCAUCUUCGAAUUUUCCGCAAUGGACGCACAGAAACCAUACGCUCAUGUUCGAAUGAGUCGAUGGCCUUUGCCAAAGUCAUGACCGAGCCUAAUCCAGAUGAACUUCGAGUUAAAUUACUACGAAAAGCUGUAAAUGUUCAUCGUGAAUACACAACUAUGGCACUCCAAGGGCGAGGUGUUGAUCGUCAUCUCUUUGGUCUUAAAUUAAUGGCUCUCGAAAAUAAUCUACCUAUACCGGAAUUUUAUAGCCUGCCAGCAUUCACUCGAAGUAAUCAUUUCCGAUUGUCAACAAGCCAGGUGGCUUCUAUUAAUGAGGCUUUCAUGUGCUAUGGACCAAUGUACCAUGAUGGCUAUGCUUGUUGUUAUAAUCCUAGAGAAAAUGAUAUAAUUUUUUCGUUGGCUGCUUGGCGCAGCAAUCAAGAGACUUGCGCUGAUAGAUUUGGGGUUUCAUUGCAGGAAUCAUUGAACGAAAUGAUGGGUGUUUUGUGCAGAGCAGGAGAGAAACCCAAGAAUAAAUUGUAAAUAAUUUUUGCGCUUGAUCUAGAUUUUUAUCUAUGUAUACUUUUUUGUACUGAUUUUUUAAAAUUGUCUUGAAAAUAUUUGAAAUUAAAAAAAUCAAAAUGUAAACUGCAUUGAACUUUUAAUUAAAAUGGAAUCAUUUUUAUUGUUUACUGAUAAAAUA